AAUCAACACAAAUCAGCCGCCGCACCGCGCCGAAUUAAUUGAAAGAAAAUACGAUUAAAUCCGCUAUUACUCAUUAAUAUGUGCUGUAACUGUAAUAAAAAUAUUGCGAAAAUCUGAACUAAAUAUUAAACAAUGGGUAUUAAGUUAUUUCGGGUCAGUUUAUUAGUGUUAUUAGUUGCUAUGCAUAAUUGUUCUAGCACAGACGUUGGGCAAUCAAGAUACAAAUGGCCCACAGUUAUGAUAGCCGUUUUAGUACGUAAUAAAGCUCACACAUUGCCCUACUUUUUAUCCUGCCUUCAUGAAUUAGAUUACCCGAAAGAUAGGAUGUAUAUUUGGAUUUCUACUGAUCACAAUCAAGAUGGGAGCAUAGAAAUACUCGAGAAAUGGGUGCAAACAUACCAGAGUGCGUACCAUUCUGUGAAUGUUACAAAAGACAUGUCCAGCGGUCCAGCUUAUACUGAUGAGAAAGGUCCAACAGAUUGGAGUCCGUUGCACUUUAAAAAUGUUAUAAAAUUACGGGAAGAAGCUCUGCAUGUUGCAAGGAAGAGCUGGGCUGAUUACCUAUUUAUGAUAGAUGCUGAUGCCUUCAUAACUAACCCAUCUACUCUGAAGAGUUUGAUUCAAAAAGACCUGGACAUAGUUGCUCCAAUGCUCAUAUCUGAUGGACUCUACUCUAAUUUCUGGUGUGGAAUGACAGAAAAUUACUACUACAAACGCACUGAUGACUACAAGCCGAUACUAAGCCGAGACAAAGACCACAGAGGGUGCUUCACUGUGCCAAUGGUCCAUAGUGCUGUGCUCGUCAAGUUGAAGCUAGUAAACUCUGAUCAUCUCACAUAUGACCCCAGUAAGAUUGAGAACUAUGAUGGACCUGAGGAUGAUAUUAUAGCCUUUGCUAUCAACUCAGCUAGAAAUGGACUGACGCUAAAGGUGUGCAAUGAUGAAAUCUAUGGCUUCAUCCCGAUCCCUCUCGGGGACAACGAUGACCUGGACAUGGACUACGACCAGGUCCUCAACAUUAAGCUGGAAGCCAUCAGCAAGUACCACCCAGUACCUCUGGACCCUCUACUGGAAUCCUAUGUGGAAUUUCCAGAAAGAUGGAACUUCAACAUCGAUGAGAUAUUUAUGAUAAACCUGGAGCGCCGGACGGAGAGGCGAGCCCUGAUGGAGCUGAGCUUCAAGGAACUCGGUAUGGAAGUAAAGACAUAUAAAGCGGUGGAUGGAAGGGACCUAGAUAUCAAUGACUUGGGUAAAUUCGGCAUUACAUUAAUGCCUAAUUAUGCAGACCCCUACCACAAGAGGCCAAUGAAAACUGGUGAAGUUGGGUGUUUCCUGAGUCACUAUUUUAUUUGGAAACAGGCGGUGGAGCGAGGUGUGGCCAAGACGCUGGUGCUCGAAGACGACAUCCACUUUGUGCCGUACUUCAGACACAAACUGCUGCUUCUGCUGAACGACCUCGAACACAUGGACUGGGACCUUGUCUACCUCGGCCGCAAGAUCCUUCUAGACGCUGAUGAAGUGUCCACAUCCAACCACACAGUGAAGCCUCUCUAUUCCUACUGGACCCUCGGGUACCUGGUCAGUCUGCAGGGAGCCAGGAAGCUGAUGGCUGCGGAGCCCUUGACCAAGAUGUUGCCGGUCGAUGAGUUCCUGCCGAUUAUGUUUGAUCAGCAUCCUAAUGAUACGUGGAAGGCGCAUUUCCCUCAUCGCAAUCUUAACGCGUUUUCCGCCGCCCCGCUACUGGUGCACCCGACUCACUACACAGGGCAAGAGGGCUACAUCAGUGACACGGAGGACUCACAUAUAGUGGACAGUGAAACAGGCAAGAACCAGAAACAAGAGUUGUAGGAGAGUUGACGAAUUUGAGCAUACUAUACUAUAUACCUCUUUUCAGCUAAGAUGAUUCCUGUGACAGUUGAUAAUUUUGUCUGCGGUUUGAUUAUAGGCCUUAUGAAGGCAAAAUAAAGAGCUAUGAAUGGAUGGAGUCGUGCCAUAUCGUAAAAAUAUCAAUCUAAUGAGAAAAAGUACAAAAAAAAGUUUAGUGAUUUUAAUAGUUAUU